AUGAAAUCCGUCCUAAUCACAGGCUGCAGCGACGGCGGCAUCGGCUCCGCCCUUGCCCUCACCUUCGCAACGCGGGGCCUCCUCGUCUUCGCAAGCGCCCGCUCCCUCUCCAAAAUGUCCGAGCUCGCCAACCUGCCUAAUGUGCACCUACUCGAGCUUGACAUUGUGAAGCCCGCGGACAUCGCAUCCGCCGUGAGCGCCGUGAAGAAGGAAACUGGCGGCACGCUGGACUAUCUCGUAAACAAUGCGGCGCAGGCGCGGUACAUGCCGAUGCUGGACGAGACGGUAGAGCAGGCGAAGGAGCUGUUUGAACUUAAUGUUUGGAGCCAGUUGAGGAUGGUGCAGGCGUUUGCGCCGCUGUUGAUUGAGGCGAAGGGGUGUGCAGUUUAUAUCUCGAGAACAUAUGCCAUGACCAAGCGCUCAACGGAAAUCAUGUUCGAUGCUCUACGUCUUGAGCUCGAGCCUUUUGGCGUCACGACUAUAAGUGUGGUCACGGGCCCGGUCAAGUCACGUGUGAAUACGCAUCAGGAGCUGUGGAAGCUGCCUGAGAACUCGCGGUAUGCGGACGUUGAGCAGAUCAUCACGAAGAGAUCGGAGGGCGAAGACGGUUCGCCGAGACAGGAUACAAUGAAGUAUGCUGAAGGAGUCGUGGACAAGAUUCUGAAAGGUAAUCCAAAAUUCUGGGCGGGCGCAAACAUUGGCAUCAUCAAGUGGAUGGCGACGUGGUUGCCUCGCUCAGUAUUGGACUGGGCUUUGAAGCAGAAUUCGGGCGUUGAUGUCAUGUUGAAGAACAAGAAGUAG